GGAAUCUUUGGGGCUCUCGCGGUGGAGGCUGGACGAUAAUGGGUGCCGUCGCCUGUCGUGCUUUGGCCUCUUGCCGCUGGAGGCUUGAAUCUACCCAUUCAUGGUGUUUUCAGGCGGACCAAUCCGAUGCGUCACUCUGAGACAACAAAAAUGCUGAUCGAUGAGCUGUGUCUUGGUAGACAACAAUUUCUGCCGAGAGUCCCAGCUAUCUCUCGUCACUGCGCAUCUCUCCUUCAGUUAUCCCAUGAGAAACAGUUUUACCUGCAGCACGCAAGAAACCCUGGAGCCACCCUGCAAAUGUCCUCGCCUUCAGCCGACGGCCAAGCUGACCCCCCUGAACCUGACAUAGUGAAAAGUGAAGUCGAAAUGCGCUGUGACUACUACGAAGUAGAUCCGAAAAGUCAUUCUACCGAUUUGUGUUACUGUAAUGUGUGUAAAUGCACACUUUGCUCAAACUGCUGGACCCGCCAAGUUCCACACUGGAAGCAGCAAUUGGGACCUGGGGGAAUUCCACAUGAGAAAACUGAUCUUUGGGUUGCAGAGCAGGUCGAGAAAGUCCUCUCGCCACCACCGGACCAUCUCGCCUACCAGCAACUCUACCUGGAAGAUGAAGAGACCGCAUGGUUUGGCAUUGAUCAUGAUACCCGGCAAGAAGAACCGCUUCUUUUCCAAGAUCAUGGGAGAUACGCAGAAUUAAUGGCAAUUACCAACGCCAAAAGAAUCGAGAUUAGAGAACUCGGCAACAGCGAACAAGGCUACAGCCCAUCCAAGGACACACGAACCCCUUCCUUGGUCUCAUUUGUUGGACAAACUGGUGCAGGAAAGAGUGCUCUUAUCAAGCUCAUAGUCGAGUUCAAUCAAAAGCCUCGAGCUGAAAACGCCGAUGAGAAAUUCCCUUCUCCAGUCGUGGGCAUCUCAGGACAUCACAUGCCAACUUCAGAGGAUGUUCAUCUUUAUCUAGAUCCUUUGACUGCUUUCACAGAUGGACCCAUAUUGUAUGCCGACUGCGAAGGUUUAGAAGGAGGAGAGCGGGAACCAGAAGGAGCUAAAUACCGCAAAAGAAAACAAAGCUCAAUCGCGCCCAGUCCAAACAGCGAGGGGUCUUCAUUCAAAGACAGAUAUAGUUCGGAGCGUUUUCUGGCGUGGUCAGACUCUCCCGCUCGACGGACAAGACAUUUUGCAGUCAGCAAUCUAUAUCCGCGUCUAUUGUUCACCUUCUCAGAUGUCAUCGUCUUCGUGCUGAGGAACCCAAGAGUCAUCGAGGGUGUUCUUGAGAGACUGGUGGAAUGGGCAGCAGUAGCAUUGGAGACCUCAUCGAAUCAGCCUGUCUUGCCUCAUGCAAUCAUUGCCCUGAAUGCUUCCGAAAACAGCAUCGAUCCAGAAUUGUGGGAUACUGACGUCGCCACUGAGCGGCUGCUUGAAUCAUUGUCUCAGACUGUCCGGCAAAAUGAGUGUUUUAGGAAACAUUCUCAAAUCUGGGCGGGCCGGAACAAGCAAAUUAAGACUGUGAAGCAAUUGAUGCUUUCAUACUAUAGCUCGCUCAGGAUUGUACGAAUCCCCGCCGAAGGCCGGCCUAAGUUAAUUCAAGAGCAAACGCAAAAACUUUAUGAAGAAGUACUAAUGGGAUGCCAAAAAUCCAGAGAACGCAAAGAAUCUUUGCGUAUGCUCCUCGAUGCUGAAGAACUCCAAUCUUACCUCCAGUGCGCUUUCGAUCACUUCGCGAGGACCCUCGAUAUUGCUUUUGAUUUUGUACAAGCCUCAUUCUUUAACAGCCCUAUUCCGUUGAAUUUUGGCGGAAAUAUUCUCAAACUAGCAAUCAACAUGAUGGAGCUGAAGGAAUACACCAGCGCGCGCUCAAUUUUUGGUAAGCUGAGCAACGUGGUGGCAUCAUGCAUCAUGCAAGAUUCGGUGCGGCAUGACAUAAAAGGAACAGCGGAACUCAUCUUUCCGCAAUAUUUGGAUCAUUUAGAUAACGCCCUCAGGGAUUUCGACGACCGAUAUUGGCCCUGCGAGUAUAUUCUCCGUGGGGCAGUCCCUGCACAUAUCCAGGCUCACCUCAAUUCUAUCCAUUUCCACUACAACAUGAGGGAAUCGGCAGUGCUAUACCGGUGUGUAAAUGUCCGAUGCGGUCAUGGGUCAAAGGGACACCAGCUGAAAGAUGGGAGGGUAUUUGCGGCUGGCAGUUACGUCUCCGAUUUUUCGUUUGAGAGUUACCACAAUGACUUUCGUAAACACGUCUACCUCCGACUGGAACAUCUUCUCAAAUCGCUUUCUAAUAGCAUAAAGAAAGGAGAGGCUCCCAGUGCCGCCGCUGCGAGAAUCCACAGAGAUGAUGUUCUCAGCCACUUCUAUGGAAACCGAACCAAGAAAGAGGCAAGAGCCUUCCAGAGCCAUUCGGUCUGCUUUUGCUGCCUGUUUGAGCCUCCUGAGCACGUGCUCCCGUGUGGACACGUUCUUUGUACCCCCUGCGUAAGAUCAUAUGGACGGCCUAAAGGUGGAAAUCUGUUCGAGAUACAUGAAUGCCCUCUGGAGAUAAACACACCGGGCCGAUGUCAAUCCGUGACUCUAUACCUCAAGCCCGAAGCUUCAGGAAUUCGCGUCUUGUCACUUGAUGGGGGUGGAAUUCGUAGCAUUGUUCAACUCGAAACUCUUCGUCUGAUAGAAAAGGAAAUGAAUGGGAAAUUACCCAUUCAAUGUUUCUUCGAUAUGGUUGUUGGCAAAGGUACGGGUGGACUCAUUGCCCUUGGCCUCGUCACGCAGAGCUGGACUAUGGAAGACUGUCUAUGUCACUUCGAGCGGAUAUGCAGCAAAGCCUUUCCUCGUCACAAUAAGCGUGGUAUUCCAGUGCUGGCUUGGAUUCGUGAGAGAUACAAACCCAAGCCUGAAACAACUGCAUUUGAGAUUGCUUUGAAGGGAGCAUUUCCAGAGACUCAGCACUUGUUUGGAGAUCCUCGUCCAAGUGGCAAACCAGGCUCGCAUAUAAAAGUGGCAGUCACUGCUACCUCCUCUGCUGGAAGGACAGUUCUCUUGGGAAACUAUAACCGUUAUGCUUCAAAAAAACUUCGCUAUCAUUUUCGUCGUCCGGAGAAAAUAAAUAUGGAAUUAAAAGUCUGGGAGGCGGCUCGAGCGACAAUGGCAAUGCCGAAACUAUUCAAAACAAUCCAAAAUGGAAGAUCAAAGCACCUCUCUCUUGAGGGUGCAGAUUUACGUCACAAUCCAAUUUUAGUCGCACACAAUGAGUACAAAAUUGCAUCAACAGGAAGUGGUGUGGAGAUCGAAUAUCCCGAUGUGGUCCUGUCACUUGGAACGGGGCUAACGGCCACUUCGAGUCAAAAUUCGAAGGACUCGGAGAAAGUAUCUAUCAUUUCUCGACUGAAAAGACAAGGAAGUACCAAGACUCAGCAGAGACGUGCGAAGGGAGAAAUCUCUGUCUCGCCGGAACCCGGUGAUUCGUGGGACGAGUACAUGAAUCGUUGGCCUAUUUCAGCUCCGACGUCAAGGUUUGUUCGGUUCAAUCCCGAAUUCAAAGAAGAAUUGUUAGGAUCAGAGGAUAUCGCUACUGUAGAGUCUAUGCAACGUAUCGUUCAGGACCACUAUGCCACUGGUAAUCAGAUCAAACGACUUACUGCUCAGCUAUUUGCCACACUUUUCUACUUCGAAUGCUCCGAUACAGUUCUUGGAGCAGAGAAUAAUCAGGUCACCGUUCAAGGACGAAUAUUGUGCCGUCUUCCAAAUGAGACACCAGAGAUAUCUGAGAUUGGGAAGUUACUCAGAGACGGUGACACUGGAGACACCCAAUUCAUAUUUCAAGAAGACGGUGGCACUACACAGCAUUUCCAGAUAACUCCCGAAAUUGUUCAGAAAAUGAUCAACCAUUUGAACUUUAAGAUGCCCAGAAUACAAAUUCGCGGAGUGAAAAAUCUGCCGUUUCAAGCAGUUCUACGUUGGAAGGAGGAAGACUUUUCGAUCAGCGGGUUUCCUCGCAUCCUUCUACGAGACCCGAGCCAAACAAUGAGGCAGCAUCAAGCGACUCAAUGGGGAGAACUCAACAAACACCGCCGAAAACGUUGGACUAUCCCACCGCCAGAUGAAUCAGCAUUCGUCUCGAUGGUAGACCCAAAUGAGUCUCUAUACGAAGUUCAAGGAGACGACACUUACGACACCUUAACAACUCAACAAGAGCUGCGGAAAACCAUCGAAGUUGAUCCGAGCUUGCCACGAGGGUCGGUCACCGAUGAAAGCCAGUUGGUGGGUAUUGCAGGUUCUUCUCACUCUAAAAGGCCUUCCACCAUUUCGGAGGCACCAUCAAGUGGAACGUAUAUCGAGGAUACUCCGACACGUGACAGCACGGAAAAUUCCACGUACCUUACAAUCAUGUUCAACAACCAUAAAGACAAGGAAGAUUUUAUACAAAGCGACAUCAUACGAAGUAUGAAAGUGACGCAUAUCGCGGACUCCACGGCGCCUUUGCUGAUUUCCUCGUCAAAAUUCAGCAUAGGAGACCCACAACCCCCCUGUCAACUUUUACGUGGAGCUUCAACUCGCUCCGUUACUGAGCUUUCGGCUCUUCGUAAGGAUGCCCUUGCAAGGGGCGAAAUUUCCUCCUCAAUCCCACCAAGACUCCCUGAUUUCCCGUGGCGAAACGAGGAGGCCUUGACCUUUGAGGUAAUGGACAAUUAGAUAGGUGCUACGCGCUAUAGGAACAAGUUUACAGUGGUCAAAAUACUGGAGUGUGGUGAACAAAGAGGGCUCUAUGUGCGGCGAAACCCCGAAGGAGGCUGGGGAAAAUAGGGUACGGGUACUUUUCUCAACACCUUCAAUACCUAAUAGAACAAGGAACAAAUAGCAUUCAAGACACAGUACUGGGUAUUUCAAAAACAUGUUACUGGAGAUCUCAAAUUGAGAAAAAAGGAAUUUCGUCAUUCUGGUAUGUCAACGUUUUUUCCAUUGUUGGGGUCGGCCCGGUCGAGUCGGGUGAUUGUGCUGAGUAAAUUUGCCUCAAAAUUUUGCAAGACGAACGAGAGAAUUCUUGUAAGCCAUGAUAUCUUUUAGUAUCAG